UCCAGGGUUUAUACACAUAAUUCGUAAGAUCCGGGUUUUGGACAGGAUGAACGCCAAUUUCCAAGAUGGCGGCGGAGGGAGGAGGGAAGGAGAUGAACGAAAUUAAAACUCAAUUCACCACUCGGGAAGGUGUCUAUAAACUCCUCACUCACUCCGAAUAUAGCCGCCCUAACAGGGUGCCUUUUAAUUCACAGGGCUCAAAUCCGGUGAAAGUCUCCUUCGUGAACGUGAACGACCAGUCGGGCAACGGCGACAGAAUCUGUUUCAAUGUGGGCCGGGAACUGUACUUUUAUAUCUACAAAGGCGUAAGAAAGGCUGCUGACCUGAGCAAGCCCAUAGACAAGAGGAUCUACAAAGGAACGCAGCCCACGUGUCAUGACUUCAACCCCCUCACGGCCACGGCAGAGAGUGUCUCCUUGCUGGUGGGCUUCUCGGCUGGCCAGGUACAGCUCAUCGACCCUAUCAAGAAGGAGACCAGCAAGCUCUUCAAUGAGGAGAGACUGAUAGACAAGUCUCGUGUGACGUGUGUGCGGUGGGUCCCUGGCUCAGAGAGCCUCUUCCUGGUGGCUCACUCCAGCGGCAGUCUCUACCUGUACAACGUGGAGCACACCUGUGGCACCACGCCACCCCACUACCAGCUCCUCAAACAGGGCGAUGGCUACGCUGUGCACACCUGCAAAAGCAAGUCUGCCCGCAACCCCCUACUGCGCUGGACGGUGGGUGAGGGGGCGCUCAACGAGUUUGCCUUCUCCCCCGAUGGGAAGUUCCUGGCGUGUGCCAGUCAGGACGGCUUCCUGCGCGUGUUCGGCUUCGACGCGGCCGAGCUUCAUGGCACCAUGAAGAGCUACUUCGGUGGGCUGCUCUGUGUGUGCUGGAGUCCGGACGGACGCUACAUAGUGGCUGGGGGGGAGGACGACCUGGUGACAGUCUGGUCCUUCUCAGACUGCAGGGUGAUUGCCAGGGGCCACGGCCACAAGUCGUGGGUGAGCGUAGUGGCGUUCGACCACUGUACGACCAGCGUGGAGGACAGCGACCCUCCCGCCGAGUUCAGUGGGAGCGAUGAGGAGUUCCACGAGCAGAUCCAUUUUGCAGGGGGGCGGGACCGGGCCAACAGCUCCCAAUCACAUCUCUCCAAGAGGAAUUCUACAGACGGCAGGCCGGUCAGCGUGACCUAUCGCUUUGGUUCGGUGGGCCAGGACACCCAGCUGUGUCUGUGGGACCUGACUGAGGACAUCUUGUUCCCCCACCUGCCCUUGUCACGCACCAGGACUCACACUAACGUCAUGAGUGCCACCAGCCCCCCAGCUACUGGGGCGACCUCUACUACUACUACUUCUACUUCUACUACUACUACUUCUACUACUGCUACUACUAACCCACCUGGCACCAAUGGCAACAACACCAUGAGCAGUAGUAGUGGUAACAGUGGCGCCCCCGCUAACUCACUCCCCGCCCCUCUGCCGCGCUCCAACAGCUUGCCGCACUCCUCCGGCCCUGCAGGUGGCAGCACCACGCCUAACAGCCACAUGAGCAGCAAAGGAAGCAGCAUCAUAGACAGCGCCUUCAUCGCCACGGGUGUCAGCAAGUUUGCCACACUGUCGCUGCAUGAAACACGCAAGGAGCGCCACGAGAAGGACCACAAACGCAACCACAGCAUGGGCCACAUCAGCAGCAAGAGUAGCGACAAGCUCAACCAGCUGAGCUCUGCGGCGCGGACAGCCAAGGCGGAUGCCGCUAAGACUCUGGGCACGCUGCUGUGCCCCCGCAUGGAGGAGGUUCCUCUGCUGGAGCCACUGGUGUGUAAGAAGAUCGCUCAUGAGAGACUCACUGUGUUAAUCUUCCUGGAGGACUGUCUGGUCACAGCCUGCCAGGAGGGCUUCAUUUGCACAUGGGCCAGACCUGGGAAAGUGGGCUUACUGCCAUCUCAGAACCCGGCCAACUCUCCUAGUGGGACUGUAGUAUAGCCCUGGUGCUAGUGCUGUUAAACUUAACCAAGCUCCACCAGACCACAGACACAGGACGGGACAGGAUGACCUGGCCACCCCUCGCCACAGCCCUGUAGUGCUGUUCUUCACUCUCUCACACCUUCACCACCACUGAAGGUCUCUUUUCGUUCUGUUCAUCUUUAGAUAGAAAGAUAGAUAGCUAACGUGGGCCAGUGAGGGUAAAUGGAGUGGCCCAGAGUCUGAAAGGGGUGUAAAGGAUCAUGCAGGAAGCGUGUUGUUCAGGGACAGGAGGCUGGCUGGGCUGUGUUUAAUUUGUUUCCACCUCUCUUCCUCUCUAGCCCGGUCCAGAAACAACCCCUAGCCACUACUACCUCCAAGACACUUUGUGUAGAUCUGAAAGACUUGGUUAUGUUUAAUCAAUAUGGUAGUAGCCACAUUUCUUCCCCUAUCCAGUCCACAGAUCUACCAGAGUGCCUAGGGGUUAGGGGGUGUUUUGGGACAGGUGCUAUCUCUUCUCGCUAGUCCCUCAUCCCUGACUAACCCUGGUGCAGUUUGAUCUCAUGUUCACAGCAAAGGGAGACCGGAGCAGUUCGCUUCCUUUUAACUACAAGAAAAAAAAAAAGUUUUUAAUUUAAAUCAGAACAUCAUAGCUUGAGUAUUUUGCACUGAUUUUUUUUCUUCUUCUUGUUUCUGUUUUCUGUUAAUUUUUAAUUCAUAAUGAUGAUGGGACAAAAAAACAAGAUGUUUUUCAGACAGCCUUUGGAUGCACUUGGGUUGCGGCGAGGCAUCUCUCUGUCUGGAUGCUGCAAUCAUAGGGUUUUAAAGAAGGAGAAAAAAGAGAAUUGUUUGCACUUAAUAGUUAGAAGAGAAUGGCUUUACAAUUUUGGAGUGUGCAAGGACUCCCCUGACAAGGUUGUUAAAAAUAGAAAUAAAACCUUUUAUAUCUAUUGAACAUUUAUUUUAAUAUUAUUUCAGAUUUAAAAAUGGGCUCUGUAUUAUAUGUAAAUAUUGUACUUCAAUGAUUUAUGGGUGAAAUGAUCAUUAUUACACAAGUUGGAAGUUCUUCAUUUCAGAAAAUAGUGAUAUUUCUAAUGCAGAAUAUAUAUACAUAAUAAUAUUAAAAAUUAAUCUUGAAUAUGCAGGUUGUUUUUUCUUUUCUGUUGUACAUAAAGAGAAUUCAGGUGUAUUUUUCUUAAUGAAAUGUUUGGUUGUCUCCAUGGAAACCUCUAUCUAAUAGGUAGUGCUGAAAGCUAGCCUGUCGCUGCAGACCACUCUAUGUCGACAGGUAUGUCCAGUCCCAAAUCCACCCCUGUACCCUGUGCACUUGUGGAGACCCGGAUUAGGUAGGUAUGGGCAAUGUAGAAAUAGCUCCACCUUUCCCUGAAAGACUUGAUUCAAUUUUCACCAUAUUGCUUAUAUAUCUGUCCAGUCCUCUCAGAUCUGCACAAGGGCACAGGUCGUAGGUGCUAGAGGUUGAUUUAGGACCGGGCCGUAGGCUAAGAUAGGAGCCGUCUAAUUCAGCCAUCACUCAGAGCUCAGGUAAAACACGGAAGACUACUGCUGACAUAGUACUCUCACCCAUUAAUAGGCACCAGUACACGAAACAUCUGUGUGAAUUCACUUACCUACCUAGUAUAUAACAAAUAUGACUGAACCGGUGUUAUGGUUGUGUGUGGACUAUGGCGCUACGUGAGGUAUGACGACAGGACUGAUGUCGAAAAUGUGUGUGAACCAGACAACUGACACUGUGUUUAUAAACGUCAAUACUUGAUGGUGGUAUGAGUGCUGGGGCUAUCUCAGGGGAGUGAAACAUUGCAAAAUGUUCACAUUGAAAUGUAUUGUGUAAAAAGAUAUGAAUCGAAUCAUCUAUUCAUUACAUUUCUAAAAGCUUCGUAGCACUAAGGUCAUCUUUCAACCAUUACCUACAAUGGACUUCUAUAAGGAUGAUCUUAGCUCUACGAAGCUUCCGGGAAAUUCUCCCCUGAAUGUUUCACCUCCCUGAAGCCACCCCAAGAGAAGAGGGAGUGUGUGAAGCACCCAGGUAGGCAGUGGAAGGAUUCUCCAAGGUCUAACAGUGGGAGUGUUUUUUUUCUCCAUGUGACUCCUAUUAAACAGCUUUGACAGAC